AUGUACGGCCGGAUAUACCGGGUGGUGGAGCCCAAGCGUGCCCGCAUGAACGCCGCCAUGGCCCAGCUGGCCGAGAAGCAGGCUUCGCAGGCCGAGGCACAGGAGAAGCUGCGGGAGGUGGCGGAGAAGCUGGAGCGGCUGAAGCAGGAGUACGAGGAGAAGCUGGCGCAGAAGGAGGACCUGCGCAAGCGCUCCGAGGAGAUGGAGAUCAAGCUGGACCGCGCCGACAAGCUGGUGUCCGGGCUGGCGGGGGAGAAGGCGCGCUGGGAGGAGACGGUGCAGGGGCUGGAGGAGGACCUGGGCUACGUGGUGGGCGAUUGCCUGCUGGCCGCUGCCUUCCUGUCCUACAUGGGGCCCUUCCUGUCCGGCUACCGCGAUGAGAUCGUCUCCAGCAUCUGGAUGAAGCAGAUCCGGGAGCUGCAGGUGCCCUGCUCGCCACGGUUCACCUUCGACAGCUUCCUCUGCAACCCCACCAUCGUGCGCACCUGGAACCUGCAGGGGCUGCCCUCCGACGCCUUCUCCACCGAGAACGGGCUCAUCGUCACCCGCGGCAACCG